AUGACAACCCCCCGCCGCUCUACCCCCGCUCCCUUUCAAUCCGGUUACCUUGUCCGACUGCCGCUGUUCACGCGCCUCGUUCUGCUGGCCAUAAUCGCCUUCUGGCUGCUCGAGUUCCAGACCAUAUGGAGUGUUGUACAAUGGGGUGCUCUUAUUCCGGAAGAGAUCAAUCUGGGGACGAUGUACCGACUUAAUACCUAUCCGAUCAUCCAUACGGGCUUCUUCCAUGCUUUAUUCAAUGCGCUUGCGCUUACACCCCUGCUCGAGAGGUUUGAGGCUGAGCAUGGUACUUUGACUGCUGUUGCGUUGUUUAUUGGACCUCUUUCGACUGUUCCUGCUGGGCUUUAUAUCUUGAUCGAGAGGGGGAUUCUGCACAUGAAUACUUCCGUGGUUGGCGCAAGCGUUUGGGUCUUUCUGCUUCUCGGUUCGGAGUCUAUCAAAACUUACAAGUCCCAUCCCAACUUCAGCCUUGGCCCGUACAAGAUUCCCACAUGGACUUCGCCCUUGUUCGCAUGCGUUGUGGUCUCUAUCCUCGUCUCGAAUGUGAGCUUCCUCGGCCACAUGUGUGCUAUUCUUGUCGGUUAUCUUCUCGGCCUCGGAUACCUCAAGGUGUUCGUGCCCCCCGAGAAGGUCCUCCGCUGGAUCGAGGGCAAGCUGAACCUUCUCGGACGCCUCCCCCACUAUGUCUCCGUCGACCAAAAGACGUACGGUCGCUACGGAGUUCUUCCUACCAGCAAUGCCCCUGGCGCCAGCGGCAACUCAACACCCAUGAGCUUCUUAGGCUCCAACCAGCGCCUGGGAGCAUGA